UGAUAGUAGAUGCCCUUCAAUAUAGGAGACAAGGAGAGAGGAGACACAAAGCUGCUCAAGUCCUCGCUCGUACCUGCUGCCUGACGCUGAAGAGAGAAGCUGAAGAUGAAGACUUUAGCCGUCCUGGUUCUUUUGUCUCUGGGAGUCGUCUGUCUGACUUCAGAUGCCUCUGAGCCUGCUGGAGACAACCCUGCUCAGAAGGGUCUGUUUGUGGAGAAGGAGCAGGCCUCCACGGUGGUGAGACAGAAGAGAGCUCCAGGACCGUUAUCUCUGACCCAGCUGGAGAGUCUGAGAGAAGUGUGUGAAGCCAACCUGGGCUGUGAGGACAUGAUGGACACACAUGGAAUCAUUGCCGCCUACACCGCCUACUACGGACCAAUCCCUUAUUAAUGAAACAACUGACCGCCCACUUACUGUGUUUCUUUACAUAAGUAUUAUCACCUUUAAGCCUUACGUCUCAUAGAUAAGCCAAAGAGUGUGUUCAAGAAUCCAAAAAGAGGGAUAAGGAGGAAGAAUUCUUACCGGCGUCAACACACAGAAGUGUCCCUUUCCUUUCUGUCCCCCUGUAGAGUAGUAUGAGUUAAAUAA